AUGAGAUCUCAGUGUUAAACAGCAGGUCAUAUCAAAAAUUAAACAUAUUGGGGAAGUGAUAUGAACAUUCAAUAAAUAUUCUUGCAAAAUACUCAACACAAGUACUCUUAAGAAUACGACUAUGAUAAAGCCAAAUUUGAAGAAGAGGCAAUGUCGUCAUGUAAGGGAUUAUAAUCAAUUAUAAUAAAAGAGGAUGAAGAGUUUGAGAAAUCUGAAUGGAAUAGUACGAAUGCUGCAAAAGAAAAUGAAAAAUAAAUCCCAGAUUAGUAACUCUAAUCAGCAUCUGCUGUCAAAAUGACUCAGAAUAAUAACUUAAUGAAUGUUAUUUCAACUGGACUUAUGAAAAAGCUUGUAAAUAUUAGUGAAUACUGGGCUCUCAUUUUAUUGAAAGAAACAAAUACUAAAAUAUUUGGCUUGAAGGUUGAACUUAGAAAUAUUUACUUGGAUUAAUUUUUGAUUCUUAGCCUGACAAUUAUAAUCAGAUCAUUUAUUGUAGCAGUGAGAUAUGGAUUUAGUUCUAAACUUAGAUUCAAGGUCCUAAGAUCAACCAGGAAAGAUGCCACUUACGUCAGCUAAGAUCUCAUAGCUUAAAGUUGGGUUUAUACUACUCCAAAGUAGUUAGAUCCUGAAAUAGAUUCUGUGUUCUGGAGAAAUCAAAUUGAGGAGAAAUAAUUUUUCAUGAGAUUUUACGAGGAAUUAGAUGAAGUUACUACAUAGAAGUUUACAGAUCCAGAUUUCUAUAAUAGAGAAGGAUUUGAAUUUGAUAUGAAUUCUAGCAGAAAAGAGUAUUUAGGCCAUGAAACAAGAAUUAGAAAGAAGUAAGAUGAUAAAAUUGAACUCGAUCCAUAUGAUGAAGAUUAUGAGAUGUAUAGCUUACAUUCAUUUAAAAGAGGUUUAUUUUCUAAAAGUUUGAAACCCAGCUCAGGAAGAUUAGUUUUUAGAGAAAUUGCUAUAUUUGCAGGAGCAAAGUGUGUAUCUCUUAAAUAUAUGCUAAUUAUCCUUCCAAUAAUCAAAGCGUCAUUAGUAUUAUUGAUAAGAUACUUGGAACAUGGUUCUCCAAUAGCAUUAGAUAUAGAUGGCUUUAUCUACUAAAUUGCUGAGCUACCAGUAUUCUGGUUUUUAACUUUCGCCAAUUAUCUAUUCGUUGCAAUUGGAUUGAUAGAUUUCUAAAGGAGAGUUUUUAUGAUUAAAGCUAUAGGAUCACUAAUCAAUCCGUUUAAAUAGGAUGUCAGUGUCAAGUACAUGAUAUUCCCCACUCUUGUUUUAACUUGUAAGGAUUCCUUACACUCGUGGUUUAAUUUAAGAAUAUGCGCUAUGGAUUUUGGAAGGAAAUUCUUAAGCAGAAUAUUUGUAUAUUGCUCAGCUUUUCUUGGUUCAUAUGUUUUCUUUGUGGUUAUUUUACUGCUUCAAUUCUUCAACUUCAUUCAAUUUUAGCUAUCAGUCUAUCUGAUAGUAUUGAUAUUGUUUGACAUUUUUAUAAUUCUUGGGGCAAUGUUAGUUAUGUUGUAUCUUGGAGCAGUAGUCAAUCAUUAAUUUGUACUAGAUAGAUUAUAACUUAUAAAGAUAAAGCAAACAUUCUUGUAUAUGAGGCUUCACAUUGAUGAAGUUAGAGGGGGAACCAAAUUUGCUGGGGCUUACCUUAAAAUCUUUUAAAAGCCUUUUAUUAGAUAUGCAAGUGAGUAAACUUCAGAAGAAGCCGUAAAGUAAAUUGACGAUUUGAUUAGUGAAAUUGAUGCAAUGAGUCAGAGAUUGGAGUUAGAUGGGGAGCAUCAGCCCUUGAGAUUAAUGGGACUUAAGGCUACAUACAGCUUGAUGAAUCAAAUAUACACAACACUAUUUACAAUUAUUUUCGCUGUUGCUCAAAAAUUAAUGUCAUGA